AUGCAGAUUACAAACGCUUUAGUGCUGUGCUGCUUAGUGGUCGUCACCGUGGCGCAGACUCAGCGGCCGCAGGUCUCCGACACUGCCCUAGAAGACGCUCUCAACGACAAGCGUUUUAUACAGAGACAACUCAAGUGCGCUCUUGGAGAAGCCCCCUGCGACCCUAUCGGCAAGCGAUUAAAAACUCUUGCUCCUUUAGUUCUGCGCGGUGCUUGUCCCCAAUGCACACCACAAGAAACGAAGCAAAUACAGCGAACUCUAUCGUACGUCCAACGAAACUUUCCUCAACAGUGGGCUAAAAUUGUACGCCAAUAUGCCGGCUAA